AUGUAUAACAUGAUUCCGACAAGUUUUGAUCAUGCAGACCAGGUAGUUGUCACUUUGGAUAAACUGAUAAAGAAUGGACUAAUUCCAAAGGAGGGUAUAUUUUAUAAAUACUUAAAAGAUGUGUUACAAGUCUAUGUCACUCCUACAAAUUACAGUUGGGAUCCUGAAGUUAUAGAACUCUUCAAAACUAUGAAGUGGUUGGGAGGCCAAAGCACUGUGAAUAUGCUAAGGGGGCCAAUGUGGCAUGGUGAAGGUCGGGGAGGUGCCUUUAACCCAAGAAAUAUGGUUUCAAACCUUGGUGGUCCAUCAGACCGCACUCUAACAAAACACAGUAGUGGUUAUACUACAGAGAGUGGCAUUCUUAAUCCACUUAUGCAAACAUUUCAAAACAUUAUUGAGAAAGAGAAAUCCGUCAUCAUGGAUUGUGAUAUCUUGAAGGUUUGA